GCGCCAGUGGUGGUGAAGGUGCGAGAGCGGAUCCACGUCGCAGCGGGAUAGACCGGGCGCACACAACACCGAGCUCCUUCACUCGCCGCCCGCACACCCGCACCAUGCCCACGCCAUGAGGAUGGGAGUACCGUGGAGAGAUGCACUGGGGCCCAGCGGCCGCUCGAUCAGGGUCGUCGUCCUGCUCGCAGCGUUGGUGCUGCAGCUGCGGCCGACAGCUGGACAAUGUCCCAAACUGGACUGUGUGAUGAAACGAAGAGCAUCCUGCACACCUGGCUCCAUUGUCUGUGGGUCAUGUCUCCCUGUCUUCAUUGAAGAUGAGAAAGGAAACUGUGUGCAGAACCCCUCUGCACAGAAUGAGAUGCGACAUGGAGCGGAUGAUUUUGGUAGUGAUAUUGAUUACAUAGCAUCGAUUCUGGCCAAAAGCGUUAAUAGUCUACAAGCAUCACACUCAAAUGCAGUGGUUAACAGUUUGGAAGCUGCUAAAGUGCAAGAUGAAUCGAGGGUAAUUCGUGCAGGCCAACAAUCUGUCAAAAUUGUGACUACAAGCACACCGCAACAUAGAUCUACUAAAGUGGCAGCCGUAAAGAGUCAUCCAAAGAAAUCACCGGUUCCUGUCGCUGAUGCUGUUCUGCUCACUUUGAUCAUUGUAUGCACAGUGGCCGGUGUUUCAGGAUUAAUCAUUGCUGGCAUCUGCUGGUACAGGUUACGAAAGGAAGCAAAGUUAAGUCAGAAAACAGAUUAUGUAGGUUACGGCGUAACUGGAUCCAACGCCCAAAUUGAGAAAUCUGUGAAUGGAGACAAUAAACUGGCACAGAGUGCUCAGAUGUACCAUUACCAACAUCAGAAGCAGCAGAUGCUAUCAAUGGAAAAAAAUAAAGAUGAAUCCAAAGUACCGGAUUCAGCAACAGAAUCGGAAGGAGAAAAUGAAGAUGGUGAUUUCACAGUAUAUGAAUGCCCAGGACUGGCUCCUACAGGAGAGAUGGAGGUGAAGAACCCACUUUUUGAUGAUUCAUCUCUACACCAUCCACCGACCAGUAGUUAGAUUGUCUGCUAUCUCUUUGGACUAUACACACUUCAAGAGGGGAGAGUUAUCUACAUCUCAAGAGAUCGUUCAACUGUGCACCAAAGGACUGCCUGCAUCUUCAUUGAUUUGUUUCUGACUGUGGGGGAAAUUCAACCACAGCCCCAAGUCGCAACCCCCAUCCUGGUGGUAUAGUAAAGUCUGUAUGCUUGCUGCCUCCUUAACUUUUAGUCCUGUGCUGCUGCUGCUGCUGCUGCUGCAUCAAAAAAAACACCUAAAUGCUCAUCUUUACAUUUCUUGAGCAGUUCAUGGGAGACUUUCAUCCCGGGAAUCAUCUUUCUUCUGAAAAGGCUUGUAAUUUAUGAAGGAUUGGAGAGUGAUGGGAGGAUCCAUAUUGACGAGCUGACCUUUGACCACUGUUCCUGUUCAAUGGUUUUAGAGUUAGAUAGCUCUUGUGCAGUAGACAGUCUGGUAGUCAGUUAACAAAGCAGCCAAUGUAGCAGUAGUUGUUCCCCACCCUCCUGGCUGUGGUGAAGUGCGGUGAUAUUCUCCAACUGAUCAGUAAAAAUAAGGACUGAAAGUGCAAGGAACAGUAUAUCCGCUUUGAUAAGGUGAUUACUGUGCAUUUGUACAGCACUCACCCUGUUGUAAAGGCUUCUCACGGGAUUAUUAAAGGGAGCUUGAUUAGUACGGGUGUCAGGGAUUAUGGGGUUGACAAGGGAAGACAGAUCAACCACGAAUGAAUGGCAGCAUCAACUCGAUGGGCUGAACUGCUCCUAGAAUUUAUGACGUGGAUAUUUAAUUUGUAACUGUAAUGUCGGGUGUGUUCACAGAAGUAGUCUAAUUGCUCUGUUGCUGCAAUCCAUCAGUGAAUGUGAUUCUAUCAGAAUUAGCUGUUUUUCAACUGUCCCUAACUUUAAAUGAGGUCAUUGAAUGGGGUAAUUAUCAAUGCCCCACACAAAUUAACAUUCACAUUGAAGAUCUUUCCACCUGAAUUCUCCAGCCGUACAUCAAAACUGAAGGUAUUAUUCAAAAGUUUUGAAAGUGCAAGUUGAUUCAUAUUUAGUGAGGGGUGCUGAAACAGGAGACUUGGAUUCAACACAAUAGACAGCCCUGCCUCCUCAUCUUGCAUGCACUAUGUGUAUGGUCAAUUCUUUACUGCCUCCCAAGUAGACUUGCUGGAAGUAUACUACAAUGUCGCUAUUGUUUGCCAGCCUUGCAUCUUUCUCUUACCCAACGCUCCCCUUUUAUUAAAGUGCUAACAUUUCCUUCACCACAAAGAGAAAUAAUUUUGAUUGUUUGCCUGUGAGCUGAAUUACUGGCAGUGAACAUAAACGCUGAUACUUACACAAUCAGUCCUUGGUUUUUAAUGAAAAGUAACGGAGUUCCAUUCUUCACCCUUUGACAACUUGUGAAAAACAAAUCGAUCCAUCUGACAGUGGUUAUGGUCGUACUUGCGGCCUUAAAAUGUGACCAAGCGGAUAGCUUGUGGCGUUAGAGCAGAGGAAAGAAUGAUAUGCUGUUUUGAAAACUCUGCCAGUCACGUCUACCCACUCUGUCCACUAUGGUUGAUGUUCAAUAGUCUGAGUGAGGCCAAACCUAAAUUGGAGGAACAGCACCUCAUAUUUUGCUCGGGCACCUUGCACCCCAGCGGUAUGAGCUUUGAUUUCUCUAACUUUCACCUUUGCAUCCCCUCUCUCACCGUCCCUAUCCUACCCUAGUCAUCGUACUAGUUUUACAGUCGUCCUGUUGAGUUCCCUGUACAACUCGUUAUCACCUAUCUCAAGCCAACAAUGGACCAUUGUGGGCUCCACCUUUCCUUGAUUUUCGUUGCUUUUUGCAUAUCUUCCAUUCAUUUGUCCUAAGACCUGUCUAUAUCUUUAGACUUUCUCUCCCCCCCUGACUCUCAGUCUGAACAAGGGUCUCGACCCGAAACGUCACCUAUUCCUUUUCUCCAGAGAUGCUGCCUGUCCCGCUGAGUUGCUCCAGCUUUUUGUGUCAGCCUUGGAUGUAGUCUAAAAAAACCAUGUGUUCAUGAAAGAGCCAGAUUUGCCACCAAUCAGCAAUGGGCAAUAAAUACGUUCUUGCUAGCGUCCUGGAAAUAAGUAUUAAAAAAACCUCGACUGGCUUCUGACACUAUCAUCAAGCAAGCAGUUUGCUCAAUAAUUUGUUUUUUUAAGCUAAUUUUGUUGAGGCUAUGGAGACCUCCCCCCCCCUUUCAAAAACCCCAUUCUUCCUACUAGGUAUAGACGUUUCGUCGUCUAUUUCCUUCGCUCCAUAGAUGCUGCCUCGCCCGCUGAGUUUCUCCAGCAUUUUUGUCUACCUUCGAUUUUCCUGCAUCGGCAGUUCCUUCUUAACCAUUCUUCCUACUGAUGGGUUCAAGCUGGAAAGCUAGUGUGGCUGAAAUGGGCACAUGUUGUACCUCAGUUGAGCAGCAUCAAAGGCAGGGGCUUCUCUGUCUCAAACUGGGAAAAUACGAACUUUGUAUGAUAACCAUAUAAAUGCCUCUGUACGAAUAUGUUGUGUGAUUGUAAUAUAAUUGAAUGUAAAUGUAGGGGGUAAUUUUCACAACAAAAAAUGAAGGGAAUAUCUACAUUGUGUAAGUUGAAUGAAACAAAUUUUAAUAGAAAUGAAAUCGUUUAUGUGGAAAUUUAUUGAAACUGAAACCUAGUUAAAACUAGGUGAUAUUUUGUUUACAGGCCAACUGGUGAAGUUGUACAAAGCCUUUGUUUUGAAGAAAAAUGAUUCUCAUGCUCCACUUUACACUUGACGGUUUAAUGAUAAGUGAAAUGACACAGUUAAUUUGGGGAUAUGGUUUGUAAAGUAUUCUUUAUUCGGAUUGAUCCUACUCUCAAAUAUAGAAUAUAAUGUAGAAGUUACCCGAAGUUCAAAUCCGAUUAGAAUCAGCUUCCUCCUGAACUGCCCGUUUAACUGGUCUAGAGAUACAGCAUGGGUACUGUCUCUCCGGCCCACCGCGUCCACGCUGGCCAUUGAUCACCCGUUCACGCUAGUUCUAUGUUAUCCCAUCUUCUCAACCCACGCCCUGCGCACUACAGUAAAUCCUCAGAGAUCAAUAACCCCACAAUCCUGCACGUCUUUGGGCCGUGGGAGGAAAGCGGAACACCCGGAGGAAACCCACGCGGUCACAGGGAGAACUAUGUGCAAACUCCGCACAGACAGCGCCCAAAGUCAGGAUUGAACCUGGGUCUCUGGCUCCGUCAGGGCAGCAGCUCCACCUGUUGCGCCCCCUGGUGUCAGCAGGUGAUUGAGACCCAGCAACUACUGGGCAACCACCUUUAUCAAAAUUGAAAAAAUGCAGGGCUGGUGAUUCUGCGCUGUAUCUCUAAAACUAAACUAAACGAAAUCCACAUCUAAGAUGGAAAAGUGGUUACCAUUUUAGUUUUAAUGCCCACACUCGACUAUGUGUGAAUUCAUACAGUACAAGGGGAGACCGUUCUGCCCAUCAUCCUGGUGCCUACCCUUUUAAACUGCUACAAAGUUAGUUCUAACCGAAGAUGGGCACAAAAAGCUGAAGUAACUCAGCGGGCCAGACAGUAUCCCUGAAGAAAAGGAUGUUUCUUCACAAUAGUCACCUAUUGCAUCUCUCCAGAGAUGCUGUCUGACCCGCUGAGUUACUCCAGCUUUCUGUGUCUAUCUCUGAUUUAAACCAGCAUCUGCAUUCCCUACACUAAAUGAGUUCUAAUCCCCUUCUGUUGCAGAUUUAAUUAAACUUCACUUUAAUUUUCAGAUGGUGUUGACAGACUUGAAUGUAACCAAAACAUGUAAAAAUCUACUGGUUGAAUUUCUUGACCAGGAAAUCUCUAAUGCACAAAUCAGCACCUUUUAUGUCUUCAUGUGGUGUUUUACUUUAGUAUUUGAAACACUACGUGCAAAAAAAAAAGCAGCAGCUUUGGUUUCCCAAAUCUUGCCAAUGAGGGUUAGAACCUAGAACAUGGAAUAGUACAGCACAGGGAUCUGUUAGUAACCUGUUAGAAACAAUUAAAUCAAACAACCAUCUUGCAGAAACAGUAACCAACUGGAUAAACAUUAAAACUACCUGGAAAUUACUGCUUGCCAUGUGAAGGGGAGUUAAUUGUAAGCCAAAGAUAGACACAAAGUGCUGGAGAAACUCAGCGGGCCAGGCAGCAUCUCCGGAGAGAAGGAAUAUGCGACUUUUCGGAUCAAGACCCUUCUUCAAAUCUUCAGUAUCUGAAGAAGUGGUCUCCAGUCUCGACCCGAAACAUCGACCUUUUCUCCAGAGAUGCUGCCUGACCCGCUGAGUUACUCCAGCUUUUGAGUUUAGUUUAUUGUCACGUGUACCGAGAUACAGUGAAAAGCUUUUGUUGUGUGCUAACCAGUCAGCAGAAAGACAAUACUUGAUUACAAUCGAGCCAUUUUGUAUCUAUCUUUGGUGUAAACCAGCAUCUGCAGUUCCUUCCUACACGUUAAUUGUUAGCCAGCUCCUUUGAUUAAUUUUAACGCCAAUGUUUAAAUUGUUACGGUCACAAGUUUCCAUCCCACUAUCUAUCUCGUGAGAAGAAAUAUGCUUUCAUUUUAAAGUGCAUAUGCAAUUUACUGUGCUGGCCGAUGUUAAUAUUUCAUUUGUGGAGGAGGCUUGGUUAGUAGUGGUUAAGUGAGGAAUGAUUUAAGUUAUGAACUCUACAGCACACUGCAUAGAAUGAAGUGCAUCCAGAGAGCAGGUGACUGGCAUUUGCUUUGGAUCAGAUGUUCUGUAUUCACCCUUUUGUUUUUUCAAUCAUUCUGUCAUUUGGCUGCUGGAGCUAUGGUGAGCUGCAGCAUCCCAGUGUUCUGCUCUGGAUGUGUCUCAUGCUAUUCCACUAAAUGUCAACAUUUAUUGUUUUCCAGUAUAAUCAGUUUCUGCCAAACUAGUCACCAUCUUUUCCAAUAUCUGUUCUUGCAUAUCGUAUAAUGUAUUUUUCUGUGAAAAUAAAUUGAUUUGUUGAAAUGCU